AUGUUUAAUCGGAACAACCUUCCAUCAGUCCCAAAUCCCUUUGGGUCUGGCGGUCAGCGUCCCUCGCCCCAAGGCUACUCGAACCCGAACCAAGCACCUCCACGGGGAUAUGGGGCACCGCCACCAUCAAUGGGAAGAUCUCCGCAACAGAUGCCUGCCCGGCCUCCGGCCGGUCGGCCAGGUGGAGGUCCGAGUUGGAUGCUCAACCCCAGCAAGAGCCCGAACGAGAACUACACUUUUGGUAACCUUGUUGCCGUAUCUCCCCAGGAUAUCCCUCCUUCUCGAGACGGUACCGACGUCCUCCUUCUCAUCAAUGACCUCUAUGUCUUCUCCGCCCGCCCUCUCGAGGGCUUCCCUCCCGGACUUAUUAGCAUGUCGGACCCUCAGCGGACAUGGGCAAACAUCGGUAUGAGAGAUGCCGUCAAAGUACAGCUGUAUGAUCCAUUCAGUCAAGGUGGUCAGGCCUACCUGGGAUCUGCGGAUAUCGAAGUUAGCUUUGCGUCCAUCAAGAAGCGUGUGGAGACUGCGUACGACCAGGAUGAAUUGGCGAAUGCCGUUAUCAAAAACUUCGAAAACCAAUUGUUUGCCCCUGGACAAAGGAUCCUGAUGGAUAACAGAAGCAUUCCGUUGCUUCUACAUGUCAAGACUGUCCAGCGGGUAGAUCUGACUUCGGAGAAGCCCGACCUUUCCUCUGGGGAAAUCGAGACUGAUCCUUUGGCAAGAGGAAUUGUUACCCGCCAUACACAGCUAAACUUCUUCAAGGAUUCUCAAUCCGGAAUCAAUGUCAAACCUUCAAACCGCCGCCCCGCUGCGAACUCGAUCAUCCAGCCCGGCUUCAAGUUCGAGGAUAUGGGAAUCGGUGGCCUGGACUCCGAGUUCAGCACAAUUUUCCGUCGUGCUUUUGCGUCUCGCAUCUUCCCGCCGGGCCUGGUUGAGAAACUCGGUAUUCAACACGUCAAGGGUCUCUUGCUCUACGGACCCCCCGGUACUGGUAAAACCUUGAUUGCCCGCCAAAUUGGAAAGAUGCUCAACGCCAGAGAACCCAAGAUUAUCAAUGGACCAGAAGUUUUGAACAAAUAUGUGGGUCAGUCUGAGGAGAACAUUCGAAAGAUGUUUGCAGAUGCCGAAAAGGAGUUCAAGGAGAAGGGUGAUGAGAGUGGUCUCCACAUUAUCAUCUUUGAUGAGCUGGACGCCGUAUGCAAGCAGCGUGGUAGCGGUGCAGGUGGUGGUACCGGCGUCGGUGACAGCGUUGUUAACCAACUUUUGUCGAAGCUUGACGGUGUUGACCAGCUCAACAACAUCCUGUUGAUCGGAAUGACCAACCGUAUGGAUAUGAUCGAUGAGGCGUUGCUGCGUCCUGGUCGUCUCGAGGUCCACAUGGAGAUCUCGCUCCCCGAUGAGCAGGGUCGAAGCCAGAUUCUCAAGAUCCACACGGAGAAGAUGCGAACAAACAAUGUCAUGGACCACGAUGUUGACUUGGCGGAGCUUGCCCAAUUGACCAAGAACUUCUCCGGUGCCGAGAUUGCCGGUCUGGUCAAGUCAGCCUCAUCGUUUGCCUUCUCCCGUCAUGUCAAGGUCGGCACGAUGGCUAGUAUCAACGAUGAUGUGGUCAAUAUGAAGGUCAACCGAGCUGACUUCCACCAAGCACUUGACGAAGUCAAGCCCGCGUUCGGUGUCUCAGAGGAGGAGCUUUCCAGCCGCAUCCAGUACGGCGUGAUCCAUUACUCGAAUGUCAUCAACGAGAUUAUGCGUGAAGGCGAGCUAUUCGUCAAGCAGGUCGGUCACGCUGAAUCCACACCACUCUUCUCUGUCCUGCUGCAUGGUCCCCCGGGAAGCGGAAAGACUGCUCUCGCUGCACGCAUUGCCAUCGAGUCCGGCUUCCCCUUCAUUAAGCUCAUCAGCCCGGAGGAUAUGGUUGGCUACAGUGAGCCGGCAAAGAUUCAGCACAUCAGUCGCAUCUUCGAGAGUGCCUACAAGAGUCAAACUAGCAUCGUUGUCGUUGACAACAUCGAGAGAAUCAUUGACUGGGUGCCCAUCGGCCCUCGCUUCAGCAACAGCGUGCUGCAGGCCCUUAUGGUCUUCCUCAGGAAGCAGCCUACACAUGGCCGCCGCCUCUUGGUUCUGGCCACGACUACUGAGCGUGCUUUGAUGAAGCAGCUGGACGUCUACAACUCGUUUAACUCGGAUAUUAUGGUUCCGAAUGUUAGCUCCUUUGGCGAGCUGCGUUAUGUCAUGGAACAGUCCGGUGCAUUUGACGCUCAAGAAAUUGCUCAGGCUCUUGAGGGAGUCGGUGGUCUGGCAGAUGACGGCCGACUCAGUGUUGGUAUCAAGAAGGUUCUGCUUGGCAUUGAAACGGCUAAGCAAGAUGUUGAUAAGGUUGGCCGCUUUGUCCGUGUGAUCAAUCGGGCUAUUGAAGAGCAGAGCUUCUCGUGA